AUGGACACACCAGCCGUUCCAGCGCCACAGGACACUCGGGAACGGGCCGUCCUGGAUCACCUCGUCACCAUCCGUGACCAACUCCUGCUCCUCAAGCAGGACCGAUCGACAUAUAUUCGCAGUCAGGAUGUGAUUCCCCUCUAUGACAAAACCAUCGAGCAGGUGAAGGAGCUGCACGCCAUCCGCGACGAGACGGGAAACACGGAGGAGAACAGAGUCGACAAGGUCAUGGAGAGCUGCUUCCAGCUGCUGUCCCUCUUCUACCUGACCAUCGGCCGCAACAAGGAGGCUCCAGCUGCCGUCGCCCUCACGUCAACCAUCAAGCGGCUGCUCGACCACCUUACCGAAUCCGACCUGUACUCUGCGAAGGAUUUGGAGAGCAUCAACUCUUCGCUGGCAAAGUUAUCUCGCAGCAUCAACGAGGCGAAGGAAGAAGAGGACACGGAGGCGACGCCAUAUCUCCUUGCGCUCUUGACCAAGAGAGUGGAGUUGUGCAAAAGCAUGCUGGCGAGCCUGCAGCAGCGGCUGGAAAGGAUCGGAGAGCCCCUGCUCGUGAUGCAUGAGAAGAUGAUUUCCAUACUGCGACAGGUUUCCCUCGCAAACACAAAGACAAAGUUCUCCACGACCGAAGUGCAGAGGCUGCGUAAGCAGCUGGUGGAGAUUGGCGAGCAGCGCAAGGGCGGAAAAUUCACGUCGGAGGAUGGCACGGAGCCUCCCGGUGGGCCCGAGAUUUGCGACCUCUACAGCCGGUGCUUGAAGUGGUCUGACCUCGUCUUGGAGCGGAAGGGCCAAGUCGCCGAUCAGUGGCGGCCGACGUACGACAACUUGGUGGGGAUUCGCAACCAACUGGAGAAGCUUUCCUUGACUCAGGCCUGGUCUCUCCGAGAGACAGACUUGUACGACUUUCAGCGCCAGCUCGACAAGAUUGAUGAGAACCGACAGGGUGGCAACUUCUUCGACGACAAGGGGCGGCCGGCCGACUUGUGGACACAGCGAACAAUGCUGUACCUGAUCCGACGGAGCUACGCCUACAUCUACUCAUUCAUGCUCGCGUCGGAGCCGGUGUCGGAGGCGCUGCUACCCAUCUACAACCAGCUCCAAACAUUGAAGCGAUGCCUCAUCGAGGUGAAGAACAACGGCGGCGUCUCCUCCGUUCGGGAGCUAUACCCGUACAGCAUGAAGCUCACUUCUCUCGACAACAUGAGGGUCGACGGCAAGUUUGUGGUAAACGGUGACAUUCCGGAAGGCCAGGGAAGCGUGAGCGAGCUGCUCGCCGAGUGCUUUGACAUCAACUACGAUUUGAGAAUCUCAGCCGAAGAGCUGGCCAAUGGCGACGCAUGA